AUGGCAUUCUACAAAUAUGUGUUCCAGAGCAAUUCAUAUUUGCCCAACUUGGGUUCGAUCACAAACAUUUCCAGCCUGGCAUCUUGCCUUUUUAUGCUCUUGUUUGCCGUGUCGUCGUUGCUUCCCGAAGCUGAAAGACGCUUCAGGGGAUGCUGGGUCCGUCAUGGUGGGAAGAGAUGUGAUCCUUGCAUCCGCGGGCGUGCAAACUGCGUUCUGGUCGACAAAACCGCCAUGAUGCGUCAUGUGGUGUAUCGAAGAAAUCUGAUACACUAUGAAGGACUUCUAAGUACAUCCCUCAGGCCUCGCAACCUAGAAGUACAGCGGAAGUGUCUCCUCAUGGAGGUGCUUGCCCUCCAUGGGGCCCAGGAUUGGCAAAGAAACAUGCUACUUCCACUGCAGCAAAACCAGAACAGACAUGAGACUCUCAAAAUCCAUCUCUCUCAAGGACUGGGAAAUGAAUACGCCAUUGUCUGGCUGCACGCCAAUUCUCAAGUCACUGCAGCCCGACCAUCGCUUCCAGAUGACAACAAAUAUGAUAUAGCCUGGCAAGUCCUCAAUGAGACUCCUCUACUCGGGAGGACAUCCAAAUUGGCGUACCUGGUUUGGAAAGAUAUGAAAAACACCGCAGAGAUUAAAGUACAGGAGUCCGAGUUCAACAAAAACAAAAGAUGGUACUGCACAACAUUUGCAAGAUACAUGCAUGAUCAAUAUUCAGCUACAAGGGCCAAAGCUAUCUUUAGCCAAACAGAAAUUGAAAAACUUCAAUUUUAUGCCCACGCGAUUGCGGCCAACUGA